AUGGCGUCGUCCCCUUUCCGCCGCUCCGGCGCGUUUUCCCUCUUCGUCCUCUUCUCUCUCGCUCUUCUCAGCUCAGCCGCUCUCGUCGGCCAUGCGCUCUCUAGGCGUUUUCAGGCUCGAGACCACGCCCGUAAGGCCCACCGGGCGCUAGAGCCCGAGGUUGACCGCCAUGCGGACAAGCCUCAGCAUUCGUUUCUUUCCCUGUUCCCCAAGAAACAUGACCAACAGUCUUCGCCGGUCGUCACCAACGAAAGCGCGAGGCUGCCCAGCCUUGAGAUCGGGUUGAAGGUGGAUGCGGACGCGGCUGUCGCCGCGCCGGCGACCGGUGCUUCCACUGGCUCCACGUCUGACUCUUCCUCUUCUGCUGCUGGAUCUGCUGCUCCGGUGUCUGCAUCUGGGCCUAACCAACCCUCCAAGCCUGCCGCGCGGUCUGCGGCUGCCCCCGGGGCCUCUCCCCCUGUCGCGUCUCUCGCGCGGCUCCGCCCUGCGCCCACCUCUUCGGCGCGUCUGUCGGAGGAGCCUGACUCGCUUCCCACUCUGGCGCAGGUCCACGAGGCGCAGGCGAUAACGGGCGCCUUCGAUGCGCGGUCGCGCCGGCUGCUGUCGAAGGACGUGGACCGACAGCUGCAGUCGCCAGACGGGAAGCGCCUCAUCAUCAAGCCGCCAAGAGACGAGAGCUCGUAUGCGGUGUUCACGUUGCCUGCACUAAAGCUGCACGGACUGGCGAUUGCCGACAAGGAGGAAGCGACCGGCUCCUUCGCGAUUUCCGUGGGUUGCGGCUUUUUCCACGACCCCCCGGCGAUACCAGGCAUCGCCCAUCAGCUCGAGCACUUGAUAUUCUUGGGCGCAGAAGGCGACCAGAAAGCGACAUCCUGGGACGAGUUCGUCACCAGCCGCGGCGGGACGCACAACGCCCACACCACUGCGGAGCUGACGACCUUCUUCGUCGCCGCCCCAACCGAUACGCUGCCCGCGCUUCUCGACCGCUUUCUUCAGCACCUCUUCCACCCCCUUUUCGCGGCCGAGCAAUUCGCCUCCGAGGUGAUGGCAGUGCAAUUUGAGCAUGAGAAGAAUCGCCCGGACAUUGCGCGGAUUCUGCUGGAAGUCGCGAUGGCGGCGACGCCGUCCCUGGAGGCCUCUGCCGACGGCCCACUGUCCGGGCUUCCGUCAUCUGCGAACGGCCUGGCGUCCUUCUUCUACCGUCCGGAGGUGGCGGGAAAGUUCGGCACUGGCGAUUUCGAGACGCUUUGCCAGAAGCCGCUGCAGCAGGGCCUCGACGUCCUCAAGGCUCUGAGACAGUUCCACGCCAAGUGCUACAGACCUGAAAAUAUGUCGAUCGCGAUUCGCAUGGGCCGGCGGAGUGUCCCCAUCAUCAUCGAGGGUCCUGUCGACGCCACCGGUGCGCCGGUGCCGCCCCCGCCUGCGGUCAAGGCCGCAGUUGAGCGCGAGGCUCAGACGCACUCGGCGUACACGACGGAUGAGAUUGAGCAGACCGCUGCCCAAAUUUUAUCAAAGUAUUUCCGAAAGGGGCACGGAGACGCAGCGACAGAGGAGUUCGAUGGGGCAGAUGGUUCAGACGAGGCAUUCUUUCCCUCUCUGCAAUCGACCUCGCCUAUCACCGCACCGCGCGUCUUCUCUGGUCCGCUCCCGCACACUGCGGAGCACAGCGAAUCGGCGCCCGGGGGUGCGGAGGCUUUGGUGAAGCGCCGCGACGUUCUCAAAGACAUCGAGUUCCACCGGGCGGAGACAGGCCAAGACGCACAGGCCCUGCUGGGUGCAUUCCUGCAAAUGGAGGAUGAACCUGCGACGGCUGCAACCGAUCAGACGCUGAAAGGGUCCGACGCUCCGCAGACCAAGUCGACUGCCGGCGGCAAGGUAUUCCGAGUCUUCCGCCAACACGGCUGGGGCAGCCGCAUGCUCGUGGUGUGGCAGCGCAGAACGAACUGGGCCGUCAGAGAAUUUGAUGAACAAUUUCAGCCGACUGCGCUCAUCGAGUUCUUGCUCGAGUAUCCGGGGGAGGAAGCUCUGCUAAAUCAUCUAAAAACGCAAGGUUGGAUUGCCGGGGGCGAGUAUGUGGACUACACGACGAGCCAGAAGGCGUUCGUUGGUCUGCUGCUCGAGCUGACUGAGAAGGGCGAGAGCAACUACGAGAAGGUCAUCGCGGCAUGUGUGGCCUACGCGGAUUCGGUGCGUCGCACGAUCGAUAACACGUAUAUCACCAACUUCUUCCGAGAGUUUGCGCAGGUUUCCAACCGCUCCUGGACGUACAAAGACCCUGAAGACGCUGUGAACGCCGUUGUGUCUGCUGCGGAGAAGCUGGUGCUUCUGCCUAACCGUCCGGAGCUCGUAUUGGCUGGCGGCGAGUUCGUGCAGCUACCUCCAGACCGCACUCUCAUCCAAAUCGUCCGCGAAGAAAUCGACAGUUUCUUGCCGGAACGCGCGUCGGCUAUCGUUGUCUUGCCCGCUGAACGCGCUCAAGAAGGUGCGGGAUCGAUCGCCACGUAUGCUCCGUACGAGGUUCAGUACACAACUGCUGACCUUCCGGCUCUGGACGUGGCAGAUUUCUUGGAGGACACGCCGGCCUCGCCGGAAAAGCCUCAGGCCGGCUCCCAGACACCGGCUACCGCCCCAGCGGAGGAUACCACAGAGACUACCGAUGUUACAUCCAAGACAGAAGGGGUCCAUCAGACCGUCGAGAAUGCAACCCGGCCUGAGGUAGCGCCCCAGAAAUCAGAGGAUCCUCAGACUGAGGAUAAAACACAUGCUUCUCCGGUUCCUCCGACGACGACGGAGGAGCCUCAGACGGGGCAUAAUGGAACCACAUCUGAGCUUAUUCCCGAAACGUCAGCCGAGUCUCAGACUGCGGGGGAAACAAACGCGUCACAGGGUCUUCCUCAAACGCCGGAGUCUACACCGAACCAGCAGGGUCAGAGCCCAUCUGAGGUGCUGACUCCGACGCCAGAAACGAGUCCGAACGAGCAGGGUGCGACCUCAUCUGACGCUCAGACAUCGACGCCAGGAACGACUCCAAUCGAGCAUGGUGCGACCUCAAAUGAGGUCCUCACUCCGACGCCAGAGGCGGCGCCGGAUGCGCAGGGUGCGACUCCACCUGAGGCGCCGACUCCGACGCCAGGAAAGACUCCAAACGUGCAGGGUGCGACGUCAACUGAGGUCGUUACGCCGACGCCAGAGGCGACUCCGAACGAGCAGGGUGCGACCUCAAAUGAGGUCCUGACUCCGACGCCAGAGACGACUCCAAGCGCGCAGGGUGCGACCCCACCUGAGACGCCGACGCCGACGCCAGAGGCGGCGCCGGAUGCGCAGGGUUCGACCUCAAAUGAGGUCGUUACGCCGACGCCAGAGACGACUCCGAACGAGCAGGGUGCGACCUCAAAUGAGGUCCUCACUCCGACGCCAGAGACGACUCCAAGCGCGCAGGGUGCGACCCCACCUGAGACGCCGACUCCGACGCCAGAGGCGGCGCCGGAUGCGCAGGGUUCGACCUCGAAUGAGGUCCUCACUCCGGCACCAGAGGCGGCGCCGGAUGCGCAGGGUGCGACUCCACCUGAGGCGCCGACUCCGACGCCAGGAAAGACUCCAAACGUGCAGGGUGCGACGUCAACUGAGGUCGUUACGCCGACGCCAGAGGCGACUCCGAACGAGCAGGGUGCGACCUCAAAUGAGGUCCUCACUCCGACGCCAGAGACGACUCCAAGCGCGCAGGGUGCGACCCCACCUGAGACGCCGACGCCGACGCCAGAGGCGGCGCCGGAUGCGCAGGGUUCGACCUCAAAUGAGGUCGUUACGCCGACGCCAGAGACGACUCCGAACGAGCAGGGUGCGACCCCAUCUGAGACGCCGACGCCGACGCCAGAGGCGGCGCCGGAUGCGCAGGGUUCGACCUCAAAUGAGGUCCUUACUCCGGCACCAGAGACACCUCAGAACGAGCAGGGUGAGACCUCAUCCGCGGUGCAGACUCCGACGCCAGAGACGACUCCGAACGAGCAGGGUGCGACCUCAAAUGAGGUCCUCACUCCGACGCCAGAGACGACUCCAAGCGCGCAGGGUGCGACCUCAAAUGAGGUCCAUACUCCGGCACCAGAGACAUCUCAGAACGAGCAGGGUGCGGCCUCAUCUGACGCUCAGUCUUCGACGCCAGGAAAGUCGCCGAACGAGCAGGGUGCGACCUCAAAUGAGGUCCUCACUCCGACGCCAGAGACGACUCCGAACGAGCAGGGUGCGGCCUCAAAUGAGGUCCAUACUCCGGCACCAGAGACACCUCAGAACGAGCAGGGUGCGGCCUCAUCUGACGCUCAGUCUUCGACGCCAGAGGCGACUCCGAACGAGCAGGGUGCGACCUCAAAUGAGGUCCUCACUCCGACGCCAGAGACGACUCCGAACGAGCAGGGUGCGACCUCAAAUGAGGUCCUCACUCCGACGCCGGAGACGACUCCAAACGUGCAGGGUGCGACGUCAACUGAGGUCGUUACCCCGACGCCAGAGACGACUCCGAACGAGCAGGCUGCGAUCCCACCUGAGGUUUCGGCUUCUUCGCCAGAAGCGACUCCGAACGGGCAGGGUGCGGCCUCAAAUGAGGUCCAUACUCCGGCACCAGAGACACCUCAGAACGAGCAGGGUGCGGCCUCAUCUGACGCUCAGUCUUCGACGCCAGAGGCGACUCCGAACGAGCAGGGUGCGACCUCAAAUGAGGUCCUCACUCCGACGCCGGAGACGACUCCAAACGUGCAGGGUGCGACGUCAACUGAGGUCGUUACCCCGACGCCAGAGACGACUCCGAACGAGCAGGCUGCGAUCCCACCUGAGGUUUCGGCUUCUUCGCCAGAAGCGACUCCGAACGGGCAGGGUGCGGCCUCAAAUGAGGUCGUUACGCCGACGCCAGAGACGACUCCGAACGUGCAGGGUGCGACGUCAACUGAGGUCGUUACGCCGACGCCAGAGGCGACUCCGAACGAGCAGGGUGCGACCUCAAAUGAGGUCCUCACUCCGACGCCAGAGACGACUCCAAGCGCGCAGGGUGCGACCCCACCUGAGACGCCGACGCCGACGCCAGAGGCGGCGCCGGAUGCGCAGGGUUCGACCUCAAAUGAGGUCGUUACGCCGACGCCAGAGACGACUCCGAACGAGCAGGGUGCGACCCCAUCUGAGACGCCGACGCCGACGCCAGAGGCGGCGCCGGAUGCGCAGGAUGCGACUUCAUCUGACGCUCAGACGUCGACGGCAGGAACGGCUCCGAACGAGCAGGGUGCGACCUCAAAUGAAGUCCUUUCUCCGACGCCAGAGGCGACUCCGAACGAGCAGGGUGCGACCCCACCUGAGACGCCGACGCCGACGCCAGAGGCGGCGCCGGAUACGCAGGGUGAGACCUCAUCCGCGGUGCAGACUCCGACGCCAGAGACGACUCCGAACGAGCAGGCUGCGAUCCCACCUGAGGUUUCGGCUUCUUCGCCAGAAGCGACUCCGAACGAGCAGGGUGCGGCCUCAAAUGAGGCACCGACUCCGACGCCAGGAAAGACUCCAAACGUGCAGGGUGCGACGUCAACUGAGGUCGUUACGCCGACGCCAGAGACGACUCCGAACGAGCAGGGUUCGACCUCAAAUGAGGUCGUUACGCCGACGCCAGAGACGACUCCGAACGAGCAGGGUGCGACCCCACCUGAGACGCCGACGCCGACGCCAGAGGCGGCGCCGGAUGCGCAGGGUUCGACCUCAAAUGAGGUCGUUACGCCGACGCCAGAGACGACUCCGAACGAGCAGGGUGCGACCCCACCUGAGACGCCGACGCCGACGCCAGAGGCGGCGCCGGAUGCGCAGGAUGCGACUUCAUCUGACGCUCAGACGUCGACGGCAGGAACGGCUCCGAACGAGCAGGGUGCGACCUCAAAUGAAGUCCUUUCUCCGACGCCAGAGGCGACUCCGAACGAGCAGGGUGCGACCUCAAAUGAAGUCCUUUCUCCGACGCCAGAGGCGACUCCGAACGAGCAGGGUGCGACCUCAAAUGAAGUCCUUUCUCCGACGCCAGAGGCGACUCAGAACGAGCAGGGUGCGACCUCAAAUGAAGUCCUUUCUCCGACGCCAGAGGCGACUCCGAACAAGCAGGGUGCGACCUCAUCUGAGGUCGUGACCCCGAUGAUCGAUGCAUCUUCGAGUGUGGUGAAUGGAAACGUGGUUGAGGUCCUGCCGACAGGGGUCGAUUCGUUUGCGGCAGCUGGGAGUCAGGAGAAGCAGUCUGCAGAGACAUUAGGAGUCUCGCAGACGACGCAGGCAUCGGCGCCUGCCGGAGACCCGGCAACUGCUCAACAGCAAGCAGCGGGAAACGCGGCGACUUCCCAUAUGGGGGAUACGACGCAAGGUACCCCCGAAGCACCUGCAUUUAUUUCGCUGAAAUCCAAUGUCUUCACACUCCCUCCCGCCCCGGCCUGCGGUCUGGCAGCAAAGAUUCGUGUGGAGCCCAAGCCGGUCCCCGAUAUCUGCCAGUCGCUGUCGCCUGUGCAGUUCGCCAUCAAGCCAGGCGGUGGAGAGCGCGUGGAGGUGGAUAGCGUCUUUACUGGGACGUCGCCGGGGGCGGCAGGCGUCACCGAUGAAAGUUUGCGGAACGAAGACGAAGCUGAGAAGGAACGAAGGAGGCUUGAGGCGUCUGGGCCGCCGUGCGUGUUGGUUACGGAGGAGAGCUUUACAGUCUUCUGGAAAAACUCGGAGCCCUUCAAUAAGCCGAUCAUUCGCGGCUACUUCAAGACCCGAAUCGCUGCUGACGCUGCGACAGGCAUCAACACGCUGUACGGGAAAAUUUUUACUACGUUGGCGGGCGAAAGAGCGCGAACCGAUCUAGCUGCUUUCCAAGGAUGUGGCGUCGACCUCAUCAUGUCCUUCACGAAUGGCGCUCUCAUCCUUGAAAUUCAAGCGUUCUCCGAGCUCUUCCCCACCGUCCUGCAGCGUUUGAUUCAAGUGUUGAAGAAGGCGAAAGAGGAGACCACCGCUAAAGAUUUUUGGAGGAUUUUCAAGAACCUCAAGGAGCAGCUGUCGGACUUCUCCUCCAUGACACCAUUCGAGCUCGCCAUGGACGUCGCUCUCAGCUUCGUGCGACGAAACCGGUUCUCCCAAAUUGACCUGCGGCAGGCCGCGACGUCUGCAAGUUCGGCGCCUGCAGAUGAAGAGGCUCAGUUCAGUCAGUUCCAGGAUUUCGUCAAGCGCGUCCUAUCUACGAAUGCGCUGGACGUCUUCAUCAUGGGAGACAUAAGUUACACGGACGCGCGAAUCCUCGCCGAGAAAUACCGGGCUGCCAUGUCUCAGCAGCCGCUUCCAUUCUCCAAGAGUGCAGGCAGCGAGAUUUUAAAUGUAGCUGAAGACAUCGAGAUCAAUUUCCCGAACCCGAUUGCUGAGGACACGACGAACGCAUACGUCUCGCUCUACGUGACACACCCGCCUCCCGAUAUGAUGGAGAUGGUUGUGUACUCCCUCCUUGGCGAAAUAAUCAGUUCUCCGUUCUUCGAUACGAUCCGCACGCACUGGAUGGACGGUUACGUCGCUGCAGCAGCCGUUCGAGAAGUCCCGCCCGCCAUGACCCUUGCGACAAUCGUUCAGGGCUCUACGCGAUCGCCCGAUGAACUGGAGCGCCACGUCUGCGCUUUCUUGAGUGAAAUGGAAGAGAGCAUUGGGUCGUCGAUGAAGCCUGACGCCUUCGUGGAGAGACUGCGGUGGCUCAUCGGCAGCAAAUUUCACAGGAGCGCCUCGAGCUUCGCGGAUUAUUUCGGAGAGGUGACCACUCAAAUUGCAUCGCGCAACUUCUGCUUCAUCCGAGAACAGCUGGCGCGUUUGGCGGCGGAGAAUUUCCUGAAGUGCCCUGAAAUUCUCAAGUACUAUAUGAAGCGGCUUGUUAACAAGUCCAACCGCAAGCGCGUCGCUGUCAAGAUCAAGGGCAACAGCCCAGCGCCCGUGACCAAAGAUUCGCCUGCAGCCAGUGCCGCGUCUCCAGCUCUUGCAGCGCCAGCUCUGCCUAACCGAUGCCUGCUUCCUGGUAUAUCUUCGUUCGAUUCCGCCACUCCUGUCGAAGUUCGCCAAGCGCCGUCUCUGUCGACCGGGAUGGCCCUGCCAUCGGCGGCUUCUCCCGCGGCUGCUGCGUCAACAAGCGGGACGCGCAGCCCUGCCGAAGGCGGAGCUGCGGCGGGGGCUCCGGCUCCUUCAGCUGACGCGGUACGCACAUCCAAAAACAUCUCACAAUCAGCUGAAGCAGCCGCGGUGGCCGCACCGGAAGACCAGAAGGCGGGGCCGCGGCGUCUCCGCACUGCAGCGGCUCGAGGCUCGACGACUGGAACGCCGACUGCCGCUAGCUGGAAGGCCGACAAGGUCGCUGAGAGCCGUGUGCUCGCUGCCGGUGACGCCGGGCGACGUGGAAGCUACAGCAGCAAGUACGGAGCUCAGAGUGUGUUCAGAAGCAGCCGCAUGCAGGCAGACUUCUCCUCGCCGAUCUUCACUCUUGGCGAGGGCGCCGACGAAGGCGCGUCCCUCAUUCAGGUCGAGACACACAUCUCGUACCAAGAAGGGCCGAAGGAGCCGCAGCCAACGCCCAGCGUUACCACGACUCCGGAGCCACGAGCCAAAAUGCCGUUGAUUUCCACGGGAACGAAACAGCGAGACGGUAAUCUCAAACUGACCGAAAUUGCCACGACCGAAUAUGAUUACGAAGAAGAUGAAGAAGCGGAUACGCCGAUCCAGUUCCUACCUCUCGCCAAUCAAAUUGCGCCUCACAUCCUCGAGCGCUGUGAAGCGGACCAACGCGCAGCACUCGACGGACAGCGGAUCAUUGUGGAGGAUUUCUUCAACAAUCCCGAGCAGGCGCGCAACAUCAUCUUCUCGAAGCUCGAGAAGAAGCUGCAUUCGUCGGGAGACAGCCUCUCCCCUCUCUGGUUGAGCUUCAGCCGUUCGGAGUCGUGCAGCAUUCGCACCGGUACCAUAGCCAAAGCGGAGGAGGUCUGCGGCGUAUCCGAUGACAGUCAGAUGGAGGCUGUCCUCGUCGUCUCGCCUGAGCAGCCUCUCCCGGGUUUGACACCCAGGCCCCCCGUCAUUGGUGAGGCACCCGCUGCCAGCGAUCCUGCCGCGCCUGAGGCGGCAGCGCCAGCGGAUAUGCCUGCAGGGCCGAAGCAGCAGCAGGUUGUAGAAGCUCGAGCAGAUGGUGCCCCGGACGCUGAUGUCUCAUCGUCGAAUGUGGCGCCCGCUUCGAAUCCAUCUGCCAAUCUGGAGGCCCCUGGAGACAGCGCCGUUCCGGCGGAAAAGGAGACGAUCAAGCAGUUGACCGAGUUGCAGAGGGAAGGCUCAGUUGCGGUUAUGGAAGAGCAGAUCCGGCUUCUCCAGACGACACAGAAAAGACAAAUUGCGGAACAGGCGAGACUUCUGCAGGCGCGGCAAGCCCGCCUGGAAAUGCAGUCGAUCUCGCAGGCGAAUCAUCUCCUGCAGCAACGCCUGGAUGCCAUGAAGCAGUACGGCGCGCGCCCGACAACGAUGUUCAACACUUGGCUCGCCCCUCAGCGACACGCGAUGUGGCAGAGCCCGACCAGAGGCACCGGAGGACCGUCUGGCGUUUUCUCGUCGGACAUCGCCCCCUCGCUCGUUUCGCAUGUCGCCAGUGCCGUACAGGCGCCGCGGGCCGUGGCGGGGGGACUCAGCCCUGCGUCAUCUCUGCACCAGAUCGCGGAACCGUCGCUGUUCAGGCGAAUGCUGGAAAACAUUUGGUCCAGGGAACAGGCGCUGGUGCAACAACAACAUCAGCUUCAGUUGGCAAGCGCUCAAGCUGCUUCACAGAUGACUCCCGUCUCAACCGUGUCAGCCAACGCGAACGCUAACGCUUGGGCAGCAGGUCAGUUUCAGCAGUUGGGUCAAGCCGCUGCUCUUCCGCCCCAGGUUGCCGCCGCCACGCCAGUCCUGGCGUCCUCGUUGGCUGGAGCGACGCCCAUGCAGCAAGUGGUGGCCUCGAACCUUCAGGCCGGCUUCGCGCCUCGUCCGUCGUCUUUGGCCUCUGGGUCUUCGUACUCUGCCCUCCCGACUGUGUCGCAGGAGCAGGGACCAGCUGUGAUGACGGUUCUACCGCCACAGCAUGCGGGCGUGCGUUCAGUUCUUUCGGAGCGGCCUCUUCUUGCGCCACAAGCUGCGUCCGCAUUCUCGCCUGCGUCUCCCUCUGCGGCUGUCCCAUACGCGGCCACGUCUGUGCCUGUCGCGCAGCAGCACUCGCGUUACCCCGCUCUUCAGCAGGCGGCUGUUGUAGGAAGCCGCCAAGUGUUCCCCAGUGUCGCCGCGGUGAACUACCAGGUCGCCGCGGUACAGCCACACUUUGCGGCUGAGCCUCAGGCCUCGAAGCCUAUGUUCUACGCCAGCGGAACGGUCACUCCGGCUGCCCUUGCGGCCGGAAACAAUAGCCAGCAAGCGGUGGCUGCAGCGGCUCAGGCGAGCUCUGCGGUAGCCACAGAAAUGUAG